AUGGCCCCAGACACCCUUUCCCUAGCCGGCAAAGUCGCCAUCGUUACAGGCUCCAGCCGGGAAACUGGCAUCGGCGCCGGGAUUGCAUUCGCGCUGGCUCGUAAUGGUGUCCGCGUGACUAUCAACCACGUCGCGGAUGCUAGCGCCUCACGCGCAGCGGCCGUUGCGCAGCGGAUUGUUGACGAGGGGGGCGAUGCUACUGUCGUGCAGGCGGAUGUGACGACGGUCGAGGGGGCGCGGAAGCUGGUGGAUGGGACGCUUGCUGCGUUUGGGGUGGAUCAUGUUGAUAUUGUUGUCAACAACGCCGCAGCUGGCGCACCCCACAGCGCCCUGCAAGCAACGAGGACAUCCCUUGACGCCAUAUUCUCCUCAAUAGUAUAUGCGCCGUUAUUCGUAUUGCAAGCUGCUAUCCCACACAUGCCCCGCGGCGGCCGGGUGAUCAACAUCGGCUCCAUUGCCUCCAAGCUGGGCAUGGCGCCCGUCGCCGUCUAUGGGUCCGCCAAGGCAGCCCUGGACGCGCUGACGUACUCAAUGGCUAUGGAACUGGGCCGUGAGCAUGGCGUGACUGUCAAUACUGUCUCGCCGGGCCCUGUUGCCACGGGUGCUUUGCCGAAAGAGCAAGCUGAGAAAAUUGACGGUAUGCUCGUCCCUAUGACGAGGGCGGAGAUGCGGGUUGGGACAACCGCCGAUAUUGCGGAUGCGGUGCUGCUGUUGGUGUCGGAGAAGAGUCGUUGGAUUACGGGGCAGAUUAUUUCUGUUAGUGGUGGUAUCACGGGUGGUUAA